AUGUCAGCGGCGGUGAUUUUAGCCGCUGUCCUCGGCGGCGGAGUUCUACUCAUAGCAAGGAGAAUAUUUUCCAGGCGCAAAACCGUAAAGUUGCUGCAUUACCCGAUUGGAAUGAUGCGUGGAAAAACAAUCAUAGUGACCGGUGCGAACAGCGGCAUCGGGAAGGCUACUGCAGCGGAACUGCUAAAACUCCAGGCCCGUGUUAUCAUGGCCUGCCGCGACCAGCAGCGGGCAAGGGAAGCAGCAGUGGAGAUCGAGAAAAAAGCAGGUCCUGAUCACGGAGAACUUGUCAUUAAGCAGCUGGAUCUGGCUUCACUGAAGUCAGUGCACAGUUUCUGUGAGGAGAUCAUCAGGGAGGAGCCUAAGAUCGACGUGCUUAUCAACAAUGCUGGCCUGUACCAAUGCCCCUACACCAAGACAGAGGAAGGGUUUGAGAUGCAACUAGGAGUGAACCACCUGGGUCACUUUCUCCUCACAAACCUCCUUGUGGACCUCCUCAAGUGUUCUGCCCCUAGCCGUGUGGUGGUCGUCUCCUCAAAACUCUACAAGUACGGCCACAUCAACUUCGACGACCUAAACAGUGAGACGUCCUACAACAAAGCCUUCUGCUACAGCCAGAGUAAACUGGCAAACCUGCUGUUCACGCGAGAACUGGCCCAGCGCUUGGAGGGCACAGGCGUGACGGUCAACGCUCUUACUCCAGGCAUCGUGAGGACCAGGCUGGGCAGGCAUGUCCACGUGCCCUUGCUGGCCAAGCCGCUGUUCCUGCUGGUCUCCUGGCUGUUCUUCAAGAGCCCACUGGAGGGCGCUCAAACGCCUCUCUAUCUGGCCUGCUCACCUGAAGUGGAGGGAGUGACGGGGAAAUGCUUUGCCAACUGCGAGGAAGAGGAGCUGCUGCCCAAAGCCACGGACGACCAGGCCGCCAAGAGACUGUGGGAGAUCAGCGAGAGAAUGGUUGGACUGGAGAAGUGA